UUUAUAAAUUUAUACUUUUAUUACUUGUAUAUGUUUUAAAUAUUUUUUGUAGUAUAAUACUUAAUUUUCCCAACCGAAAACUUAUUUGCGGAAGUUUGUACCCAUUCUUAACACCAUAAACUCAUAAGAUUGUACAUAUUUUUUUUUUUUGCAAUAAUCAAUAAAUUUAAAAUUUCAUAAAAAAAACUUAUUUUUAGUUUAUUUUCUAACAAAUCAGUUUUUAUUUCUGUCCAAUUUUAGUUAUAUAUCAAAUAUAUAUAAAACAAUAUGCUAAGUAAAACAACUUGUAUGAUAAAUAUUAUAUAAUAGAAUAACUAACUAGAUUAUCUCUUUUUUAAGAAAAUAAUUAACUAGAUUAUCUUGUUUUUAUUUAUUUUAUUUGUUAGUUUUAAGGAUGGGUUUGAUUUAUAUUUUUAAGCAUCACCAUUCACCACCAGCCGCAAUGGAAGAUUCACAAGUACCGUCUCUCUCACGUAACCUAGACUACGCCGUAAACCACACGAAAAACAUCCCUCUCGAUCUCGUUUUAGAUAUCCUCUCGAGACUUCCAGCGAAACCCCUAAUCAGAUUCCAAGCAGUGUCGAAGCUAUGGUUCUCCAUCAUCCGCAGCAAAGAUUUCGUCGGUACGUUCCUAACUAGGUCAAAAACUCGUCCUCGUCUCCUUUUAACGUUCAAGCACUUCGAUUCACGUAAGCGUUUCAUCUUCUCGGCUCCUGAACACGAAGAUGACAAAACAUCCUCCACAGUCAUGGCCAGACACGACAUGACGAUCUCGGAUCUCGUAUACUACAUUGAAUCUCCUCCUGUAAACGGUCUUGUUUGUUGCACACAUGGUUCAUCGAUCGCCGUUUGUAACCCCACCACUAGACAAAUUGUAACGUUACCAGAUGUUAUUACACCUAACGGAAGAGACGUGUACGCACGUCUAGGGUACGAUCCUGUGGGAGACCAAUACAAAGUCUUGUGUGUGAUGAUGUUUGACGGUUUCGACAGCGGUACAUCGGACAAUAUACAACAAGAGCAUUUCGUUUUCACGCUGGGAACUCCACAAAAGAAGUGGAAAAAGAUUGAGACAGUCACUAAAGAUCCUUACCGCUGCAUGAAAGGAGAGGUUUGUAUCGAUGGUGCUGUAUACUAUGGAGUUGGUCAUACAAGGAUAGCUAGAUUUGAUGUUAGGUCCGAGAAGAUUGAGUUUAUUCAAGUACCUGAAGAUUAUAACGCAGUCUCAUCAUAUUCAAGACUUAUAAUUUACCAAGGAAAAUUAGCAUGUUUAAGCUAUGACUUCUACUUGACAUCUGAGAUGUAUAUGUGGAUUCUGCAAGAUGCUGAGAAACAAGAAUGGUCGAGCGUUGUGACUUGUGAUGUGCAUAGUGAGUGGAAAGAUCGGUUGACUGAGGAGAGAGUUUUGUGCACUGGUGAAAUUCAUACCAACGAGGCUAUACUGGUAUCAAGAUCUUUAAACUCAUCUGAGCUCUUUUGUGUUUACUAUUGCGAUAUGAUUAGUAAGCUUGUUAGAAGAGCUGAGGUUGAUGGAAUCGCGGAUGAUGAGUUUAGAGGUGUCCAUGGAAUUGGUAAGUAUGGUCGUGAUGAGAUGUGGUGUUUCCCUGGUCACGUUGAGAAUAUUAUGUUCUUCUAA